CAUUAAAUGAAUGGACUAGGAAUGAUGUCUCACAUCUCCGAAAGAACGAUGAAAGGUGUUUCAUUGUUCGUCGACAAAGUUUUCGCCUGUGAUUUUUUCUCAUCCAUCAGCAUACAGCUUGUGCAAUCAUAACCGAAACGUCCGAAAUGGAAUUCUGAAAAAUAUAGUGCAAGUGCCGCCGUUGUUCGGCGAGGAGGAGCGGGCGGCCACGGUGCAGGCGAACCGCGACGGCACCGUCGAGUGCCACGCCGACGCGCGCCCGCCGCCCACCUACACCUGGAUCUACCAGCGCACGGGCCAAGACCUGGCCAAGCAAGGCGGCCGCUUCAACGUGGACGGCAUCACGGGCGCGCUGCACGUGUCGCCGGUGCAGGCGGACGACGAGGGUCUGUACUGGUGCGUGGCGAGCAACCCGAGCGGCGAGACGCGCCAGCAGGUGCGGCUGGCGGUGCAGGUGCCGCCGCGCGCCAAGGUGGUGCGCAACGA